AUGGCAACCUUAGACAUCGAGGUAGUAGACCUCACCGGUAUCGGGCUCCCUCAAGAAGACUGCCGCAAGGUGGCCGUCUGGAUGGCGCAGGCCUUUGCUCAAGCGCCCGCGACGCCGGCCCUGACCAUUUUCUUCGGCGCCGCGCCCUACGAGGCCAACGUCGAGAUGCACGAGCGCUUCUGGGCCUCGCACCUGAACCGCGUCGCCAUGUCGGGCCGGCUGAUCGGCGCCCGGGCCCGCGGCGGCGGGGCAUGGCGCGGGUUCCGGGCCUUCUUCGAGCCCGGUAGGUCCAGGCUGCCGUAUGUCUCGGACUUUAGACUUGAGAACAACGACGACUGGGAUCGCUUCCUGGAGCUGGCCAGCGAGGAACAGUACAUGAGUCGGGUCAGGGAAUGGGGCAAAAAGACAGGCCGCACGAAUGAGGAGAUCGGUAUUACACCUGGCGAGUACUAUACGACGUCCAUCAUCGUGGUCGACCCGGCGCACCAGCGACAGGGUAUAGGCCACGCGCUCGACGAGUACACACAAGAUAUUGUCCGAGAAGCCCAUAGGCCGCUUCACGUCCGCAUCCAUGAGUAUAUCCUGCCCUUUUACAUCGCACAGGGCUAUCGUGUGGUCGCAUCACCUACAUACAGCCUUGUGGGCUCGGCGCCGUUCAAGGUGCAUUUCCUGAUGCAUGAUUGCAGCCGGAUUGUGUCCCGGUAG